UUUUAACUGCAAAAAGGAUAAGUUCCUUAAAAUAAGGAAUUCCAAAUGCAGCCUACUGGCAGAAGAUAUAUAGAUAGAUUCAGAGGUGUUUUCUUCAAAUGGGUCUGUUCAUUUACUGAAGAUCAUCUAGGUUAGCCUGUCUGUUCAUCAAUUAUUCUUCUAGAAGAUCUCUCUCUCUCUCUCUUUCUCUCUCUCUCUCUCUCUCUCUCUCUCUCUGUUGUGUUGGUGGACUGGUUUUCCAUCGUUCACAUUGCAUCAAUAAGAAUAGAAAAAGAGCUGGCUAGCUAGUAAUUAUAUUAGAGAAUGAUGAAGAUCCUCCGGGAGCUGUUUUCUUUAUUCAUUCCUUCAAGUUUUGUUGUUGUCGUUGUUCUUCUUCUUCUACCUUUGGUGGAAUCAUCUGAUGAACAGGCCAAACAAGUUGGCAGGAGCAUCAGAAAGGACAGUCAGAAGAUGAGCCCAGAACUCUCACAUGAAGUUAUACUUCAUGGGUUUCUCCUUUGGGCUUCAACGGGGUUCCUAAUGCCUGUUGGGAUACUUCUAAUCAGAAUGUCCAAUACAGAGAAAUGUAAGAGAAGACUCAAGGUUCUCUUCUAUGGUCAUGUUAUUUUACAGGCACUUUCAGUACUUCUUUCUACAGUUGGAGCAAUUUUGUCCAUCAAAUAUUUCCAAAAUGCCUUCAAUAACACUCACCAAAGGAUAGGAGUGGCCCUCUAUGGUAUCAUAUGGGUGCAAGCUCUGAUCGGGUUUUGCAGGCCUCAAAGAGGAUCAAAAGGAAGAAGUGUUUGGUAUUUUGUUCAUUGGGUAGUUGGAACUGGACAUUCUGCACUGGGGAUCAUCAACAUAUAUACUGGAUUGCUAAACUACCAUAAAAGGACAUCUAGAAGUAUAAGCGUAUGGACUAUACUUUUCACAGCUGAGAUCUCUUUCAUUGCUUUCCUCUACCUCAUCCAAGACAAAUGGGAUUAUAUGAAGAAAAAGCAAGGAGUGAUUUUAGGUAAUGGACCAAUUAUCCCCACUGAUCAACAGAUCUCUCCAAGAGACGAUCAAAAGGAGUUGAAUGCCCCCUGUUGAAAAGGAAAUGGAUUGACUGGUUCAACUAACAUCAAAUUAAUUCUUUUAGCCCUUGUUGGGUUUCUUUCCUCAGCUAUGACAGAUUGGAUUUCUUGAAACUGUGGCAUCGGAUCAAGCAGCAUUGGCAUUGGAAAAGGGAGAAUCUCCGAAGAAGAUGAACAAAUUCGGGGAUGGUUUAGGCAACUCUUAUGAGGGUUGUCAUCAAGUUAUGCAGUUAGAUUCUAAGAAUUUUCUUAUGAUACUAACCAUGAUUACUACAAAAAUUGUAAUGAUUUCUCAUUUUGUGUUCAUACAUUUAUUUGA